AUGAUACGUAGGAGCAACAACGAUGGUGUGUACAUCACCGGUUUAGGCCACCAGUACCCCGAGUAUGCAAUCGGGCAGGAUGAUUUUGAGGGAUUCCUUCAGCGUCUAUACCCUGAGCACGUCUCUUCGCCAACCGUGAAAAAGCUUAUUAGCUUCAACACAAAGACACAGAUCACUUCCCGUCCAACAGUCUUUGACCAUACCAAAUGGACCCAAAAAGACGCCACACCACCAACUCUCAACUCGAUAUCCCAUGACUUUCGUACCGCAGGCGUCAGUCUCGCUGCAUCUGUGUGUGAAAAGGCAAUGCAUGAAGCCGGAAUUGGAGCGCAAGAGAUUACACACAUUGUUGCCGUGACAUGCACCAAUUCUGACAAUCCGGGCUACGACCUCUUUGUGUGCGAGAAACUCAGGCUGGGGCCAGAUGUCCAGCGCAUUCUUGUCCAGGGCGUGGGUUGCGCAGGAGGUCUCUCAGCACUGCGAGCAGCCGCCGACAUUGCCGCCGCUGCAUCGCUCAAGAAACGAAAGGCACGAGUCCUCGUUGUCGCAUGCGAAAUUUGUAGUCUCUUCUUUCGGGCAGAGAUACAAAACAUCUUGCAAGGCGGAGAUGAGACGCUGCGUAUAGCACCCGCAUUGUUCUCUGACGCCGCUGCCGCACUGGUAGUGUGCAACGAGCUUGCAUUGGCUCCGUCUCAAGCCCCCGUUUACCAAUUGAGAGAGUGGGCAAGCAUGGUGUCGCCGGGGACAUCUAGUUUCAUGUCUUAUAAUUUUGGGAAAAAUGGCUUGAUAGCUAGCAUUACUAAAGAUGUUCCCAAAGCAGCAAUCAGUGCUAUUGCGCCGAUUUUCCAACAACUCUGCAACGCAUCCAACGCCGCUAUUAGUAAUAUAGUACCGUUGCCUCGGAUGCCAGCAGACUUUGAUUGGGCAAUUCAUCCCGGGGGUGCUGCUAUAUUGCAUGGCGCGAAAGACUCGCUCGGUCUUACUGAUGACCACAUUAGAGCCUCGCUCGACGUCUACAAACGCUAUGGCAACUCUUCGAGCGCAUCCGUACUCAUCGUACUUGACAAUAUGAGACAUUUGGGCCCGGGUAGAGACGACGUGGUUGCCGUUAGUUUUGGGCCAGGGUUGACAGUGGAAAUGUGCAUGAUGACGCGAUGCCGCGCCUCAGAUCCUGGUAUGCCAGUUUAUCGACGUCAAAGAGCGUCUUCGUUUUGGGUAGCAUUGCACUCGAGAUUUUCAAGGAAGUAUGCAAUGCAACAUCGGGGUUGA